AUGAGACGAAGUGUGUCUGGCCAAAAUGCGGCCAUCACAGAAGACGGAAACUGGGUUCGAAUUUCAGUUAGGGCCCAUUAUUUUAUUUUAUUUUAUUUUAUUUUAUUUUAUUUAUUUAUUAACCCUCCUUUGUUUACCUCUCCUUUUUUUUUUUUUUUUUUUUUUUUUUUUUCGCCUCUUUUCUCUUUUUUUCUCUUUUUUUUUUUUUUUUUUCUUUUUUUUUUUUUUUUUUUUUUUUUUCUCUUUCCUUUCCUCUCUUUCCUUUCCUCUCUUUCCUUUCCUCUCUUUCCUUUCCUCUCUUUCCUCUCCUCUCUUUCCUCUCUCUUUCCUCUCUCUCCUCUCUUUCCUCUCCUCUUUUCCUCCUCUCUUUCCUCUCCUCUUUCCUCUCCUCUCUUUCUCUCCUCUCUUUCCUCUCCUCUCCCCUCUCCUCUCUUUCCUCUCUCCUCCUCUCUUUCCUCUCCUCUCCUCUCUUUUCCUCUCCUCUCCUCCCUUUCCUCUCCUCUCUUUCCUCUCCUCUCCUCUCUUUCCUCUCCUCUCCUCUCUUUCCUCUCCUCUCCUCCCUCUCCUCUCUUUCCUCUCCUCUCCUCUUCAUUUUUCUUUUCGUAUUUUGAUAACUCCCCAUCUCUCUCUCUCUCUCCCCAUCCCUCUCUCUCUCUCCCCAUCCCUCUCUCUCUCCCCAUCCCUCUCUCUCUCUCUCCCCAUCCCUCUCUCUCUCUGUCCCCCCAUCUCUCUCUCUGUCCCCAUCUCUCUCUCUGUCCCCAUCUCUCUCUCUCUCUGUCCCCAUCUCUCUCUCUCUCUCCCAUCUCCCCAUCUCUCUCUCCUCCCUCCCCAUCUCUCUCUCCUCCUCCCAUCUCUCUCUCUCUCCCCAUCCCAUCUCUCUCCCCUCCCCAUCUCUCUCUCUCCUCCUCCCAUCUCUCUCUCCUCCCCAUCCCCAUCUCUCUCUCUCUCCCUCCUCCCCAUCUCUCUCUCUCCCUCCCCAUCUCUCUCUCUCUCCCCCCCAUCUCUCUCUCUCUCUCCCCCCCAUCUCUCUCUCUCCCUCCCCAUCUCUCUCUCUCUCUCCCCCCCAUCUCUCUCUCUCUCUCCCCCCCAUCUCUCUCUCUCUCCCCCCCUCUCUCUCUCUCUCCUCCCCAUCUCUCUCUCUCCUCCCCAUCUCUCUCUCUCUCUCCCCAUCUCCCCAUCUCUCUCUCUCUCUCUCCCUCCCCAUCUCUCUCUCUCUCUCUCCCUCCCCUCUCUCUCUCUCUCUCCUCUCCCUCCCUCUCUCUCUCCUCUCUCUCUCUCUCCCCAUCUCUCUCUCCAUCUCUCUCUCUCUCCUCUCCAUCUCUCUCUCUCCCCUCUCCCUCUCUCUCUCUCUAUAUAUAUAUAUAUAUAUAUUCAAAAUAUUCACAUUUUGGGUUCCUUUCGGGUAAGUGGAGGCCCUACGUGUCGAUGCUGAUCUCCUCUCCAAGUAGUGACAUGCGAUGGGUUAUAGCAAGUAAUAUUUAUGACGUACCUGUUAGGAGAGACGCCCUUUUUCCCAUAGGGCGUCACUGUAAACCUUCAGGAUAUUUCUCCCUUUCCUCUCUUUUUCUUUCACUAUCUCCCCUUCCAUCUCAAAACUUUAACAUUUUUCACUCUCCACCUCCUCCUCCUCCUCCUUCUCCUCUCGGUACUUGA